GUUGCGGUCCCGCUUUUGAAAAGCAGCACUGCGCCUUUAAAAAAAACAAUCUGCUCCUUGUUUGCGGUCCCGAACGUCCGCCGCCGUCUGAGCUCACCGAAGCGGACGACGACGACGACGACCAGGACCAGGACCAGAUUGAGCCGGACCGGACCGGCUAUUCCAACCAAAUAAACCACUCGGCGACAACUUGACGACAGUUUCAAAGUACUUUUGGGGACUUUUCGUUGACAGCGUUCGCGCAGGCGGUGGAAGUUUUUGAAUGAAUUGCCCGCGCCUCGGGACUGACUUGUGUGCGGGAGGAGGGCGAAGGAGGAGGACUGGGGGGGGAGCCCGAGUCCCGAGUCCCGAGUCCCGGCGGCUAUCGACGAGUUGCAAAGGAAACAGACGGCGGCUUGUUCGCGACGGAGCUGACGGCGCCGAAACAAACUCAAUCCUGCGUGAAACGGACAAAAGUUUGCGUCUCCUUGGCAGGACCGCUAGCCGAAGGACUUUAAGCUAAUACUUCACUCUGGAGGUCUAAAACUUUUUUCUCUUUGAUCGACCCUUUGCCACCUUCAAAAUGGAUAAAUACGAGGAUUUAGGACUAGAGGCCAGUAAGUUUAUCGAGGACUUGAACAUGUACGAAGCGUCCAGAGAUGGUUUAUUCCGUACGAGGAGGGAUGCGGGCAAUAAUCCCGAUUUUGAGGAGACGAGAAGAGUUUUUGCUUCUAAAAUGACGAAAAUACACAUGCAGAAACACCAAGAAGAAAUGGCCAAGAACAACCAGGCCCUGAGGAUGAAUGGCAGCACGUAUUUCACCAAGGACAGGCCGCCCAUCAGCAGUUCCAGGCAGCCGGGUGAAGCCGCGGCGAAGCCCCCAAUGUUGUCUGGUCCUUUGCCUUCUGGGGUUCACCCUUCGCAGUGCGAUAAUCUGAAGAACCACGCAGCCGUUCAGCCCGAGGCGCCGGUAAGCAGGGCGUACGGUUCCGGGAACCAUUACGACAAUAAGGAGCGCUCGGACCUGCAUCCGUACCAGAACAUCCCUCCCGCUGCCCCCGGCCCAGGAAACAGUUUUCACAGUGCACCCUCGCACGCUCGUCAUUCGGCUCCGUGGGGCUCAUCCAGAGAGCGCCACAGUCCCCAAUCUUUGUCCGAGAGCGGCGUUGCCUCGCCGACCGCGAUCGGUCCUCCAGCUCUGCAGAGGAGUCCGCCUUCCUCACCUUUUCCCAAAGAAAAACCGGGCCUCAUUCCUACGCUGCCUCUCACGGGAGGAGCCGACUUCCACGUUUCGUCCUCGCCGUCUCCAGCUCACUAUGCGCCGCCUUCCCCCACUUUGAGACCGUCUUCCUGUCCCAACGGCCCCGUGGUGCCUCCCUCUCAAGUGCCUUCUGAAGCACCUCAAUCCAAAGUCCAGGUCACUUCUGCCACCAUAAACCCCGGCAAUGUCUCCAAAAUCUUCAGCCAGAGUCAAGAUCAGAGUCAAAUACCGAGCUUCGGGAAGGCCGUUGGCGCUGACGCGUCUUCCUUUAAGCCGGUCCAGCAGCCGGCGGAACCGGGCCAGUCAGCCGCCGAAGUGAAAUUGGAGGCCCUCACCAAUCGUCUGGAAAAGGAGAUGAACGCGCAACCGAAGGCUGACUACUUUGGAGUCUGCGUCAAGUGCAACAAGGCCGUGUACGGAGCCAACCAGGCGUGCCAGGCGAUGGGCAGCCUCUACCAUGACAACUGCUUCACGUGCAGUUCCUGCAGUCGAAGGCUGAGAGGAAAGGCGUUCUACUACGUCGGAGGAAGGGUUUUUUGUGAAGAGGACUUCCUGUAUUCAGGUUUCCAGCAGUCGGCUGACAAGUGCAAUGCGUGCGGUCACCUGAUCAUGGACAUGAUCCUGCAGGCUCUCGGGAGGUCGUACCACCCGGGCUGCUUCCGCUGCGUUAUCUGUAACGAGAGUCUCGACGGCGUGCCCUUCACCGUGGACACUGAAAACAAGAUCUACUGUGUUAAAGACUACCACAGGGUCCUGGCUCCGAAAUGUGCCUCCUGCAAACAGCCCAUCCUUCCCUCUGAGCAGGGCUCCGAUGAGACCGUCCGGGUCGUGUCCAUGGACAAAGAUUAUCACGUGGAGUGCUAUCACUGCGAGGACUGCAAGAUGGAGCUGAAUGACGAGGAGGGCCACCGCUGUUACCCUCUGAACGGGCACCUCCUCUGCCACUCCUGCCACUUGAAGCACAUUGAGCCAGGCAGCUCCUCGUCCUUGGCCAGCAGCGCCUCCUAUUAGCGGCGAUGUGGGCGGAGGGCGCCAUCUGGUGGACACGAGGCGCAACUGUCAGCGGAGCGUUGGAAAAUUGACUUCGCGGCUUACGAAAGCAAUCAAUGCCCUUAAAAUGAAGUAAAACGGUCCUCCGAAGCCUUUUUUCCAAUGCUACACGCUUUAGCUUCACUCUGGUGCUUUGGAUUUACACAUCUACAUCUUCAAACAUGUAAUGCAUUGUGUGAAAAUUUAAACAUGACAAGUGAAGCAGUCAAUUCUGAUAUAACUGCAUGCAUGCAUGCAGGCGGGAUGAAAGUCUCGGAGUUGGGGUGUCUACCUCACAGUCUGGAGGUCGUGGGGCAGGCUCUGCUCUCUUUUUGCCCUUGCGUGUUCUCCCCCGGCGGCCUCACGAUUAUGAAGACCCGGGUUCAAUCCUGGCCUUCCCUGUGUGUGGAGUUUGCAUGUUUUCCCCGUGCCUGUGUAGGAUUCCUCCGGUCACUCCGGUUUCCUCCCGCAUCCCAAAAACAUGCAGCAUUAAUUGGACACUCUAAAUUGCCCCUAGGUGUGAUUGUGCCUGUUUGUCUCCAUGUGCCCAGCGAUUGGCAGGCAAACAGUUCAGGGCGUGCCCCCGCCUCCUGCCCGUUGACACCUGGGAUGGGCUCCAGCGCUCCCCGUGACCCUCGUGAGGAUAAGCGGCAAAGAAAAUGGAUGGAUGUUCUCAAGGUAGUCCGCCUUUCACCUACAUUUCAGAAAUAUGCAGGUUCGUUGAAGGCUCUAAAUUGUCCAGAGGUGUGAAUGACAAUGUUUGUCUUUAUGUUCCCUGCGACUGGAUUGUGGCAAGCCCAAAAUGUACCCCCACAUCCGCCCCCCCCCCCCCCCCCCCACACUUCUGGUCGAAAGUCUCCUGGAAUAGCUGCCAGAUAAUGAAGACAAUCAGUAUUGUAAUCAGUACACAUAGUACCACCUCAGAAAAUACUUAGCAUCCCAAGUACCGCCAUCAUGACUAACAGUACCAAGAUUAUCAUUAUUAUUUUUUUUUUUUGUAAAAUCAAAAACGAGAGGUUCACAUCCCAAACAGUAUUUGUUAUUGUAAGCGAAUGUAACACUAUGCACUAACUAAAUGUAGAUGUAAAUAGAAAAAUGAAAACAAAAGCAUAAAUCAUGAUUGGAUUGAUUGAAUAUUGCACAAAAAGUUCGAAUAGUUUGAAUUUAAAGCAAGAAGAAAAAAUAGUUCCCCAAGGUAAAUGCAAAUGAAUUUGAUUUCAAAGUUAAAUACAACUGAGCAGAAAUUAGGGUGUGACUUCCGUGUGCCGCGACAGCACAGGUGUCCAACUCAAGGCCCGGGGGCCAGAUCCAGGCCGCCACAUCAUUUCAUGAACGUUCAUGAUUCUUGUUAAAAUUAAAAUCUUGAAUUGUCAUGUCAUUAUAUAUGAUAAAGUAGAGCUCUUUUUUUUUUCUUUCUACCAAACAUAAACAACAUUGUAAUUGGAAAACCGGUUAACCUUGAUUUCUGAUUGCAAAACGAGUUCAUAAAUUUGAUGUGAUUCAAGAAUUUCAUGGUUUCACAAGUCAUAACGGCCCUCCCGAUGUGGCCCGCGACAAAAAUUGAGUUUGACACCCCUGCAUUAGAGUGAGUCUGCGUGUCGCGUCACAUUUUUAUUUAUCUCUAGCAUAGAAAGUUCUUGGUCCUCCGGCUCCCGACCGCUCUACUGUACAAAAACGCGCACCCUCAGUUCAACAAAGACGUUAAUUUUCCUGUACGCGGGAAUGUUUUCCUGCGAUCGACAGACUAGCCGUCCUGGGUGUACCUCGCCCGGGACCCUCAUGAUUACGAGUGCUGUACAAAAUGGAUGGAUGGAUGGAUGGAUGGAUGGAUUCUGGCUUCCCUGUCACGUGUAAGGUCAACCGGAGGCCACUUAUUUGCCCAUCAGUGUGAAUGUUUGUCUUUUUUGGGUCUGUCAAACCGAUGAUCUGUCCAGUUUGUACACAAACUCGUUUGGACCCGAGUCCCGGUCCCUGAUAAUCUCAGUUUGCUCACCAGCACGUGUUUGUGUUAGGGCAAAGACGGCGUGGAGAAUGUGUAGAACGUUCCACUUAUGGGCAAAACACUCAAUUCAUUGUCUUCCGAGUGCAACAUUUCAUCAGUAAACGAUCACGUGGAAAAUUUAGUCUGUCCCUGCGUCUCCGUUUUGCAUCACGAAAACAAGAAUGCAGAUGGUGGCAACAGCUUAGUAGAAUAGAAUAGAAUUUUGUCACUUGCACUCUGUCAAGCACUUAGAAAUGCAUUAUUAUUAUUUUUGCUCGACCCCUAUGAAGGUUGAAGACUCACGGAAUGUCCAAGAAAUUGUUGAUUUUCAAGGUUGUGUGUGGAUCGUUUUAUGAUUUUACUUUGGUGUCCUGUUAUUCGUAUAUUGCACAAAAAACCUCGUCAAUAUUGAUUGGUUUGCGGUGUAAGAUAAUUUUGUGCUUGCCCGGUUUGCCAUAACUUAAAAGUUUUUUUUUUUUUUUGCUCACCCUUUCCCGACCUUAUUUGGUAGUCGAAGAUCAUCAGAAACAUUGAAGUGUGUGCAACUGUUGAGUGAUUCUAUUUAAAUAAAUUCUGCGCUGUAGG